AUGGAUCGGGGGCUUGGACUUCCUGAAGUUCCUCAAUCGGAGCCCAUCCUCCCUCAACGGGAUGUCCACCCUCUGAUCCCGUCUUCCCCGCCAUCUGUGGCUUCCGAUGUUGGGAGCGGACGAAAGCUUCGAAAACCCCCCACGGUCACGCCUCGGUCUUUCAAGCGGUUCUUUACCCCACGCUCGCUGCUGGACAGCUCUCAUAAUGGUAGUGGUGGCCGGUCAAGCCGCCAGGCUUUACGGGCCUUGAGCUCUCCAGCUGUCAACCGCCUCGGACCAGCAUUCACUAGGUCUAAAGACGGCCGCUCGAAAAGUCCCUUCAGCAAUCUUCCCGAAGACCUAAUUCGGACUCCUAGUAAGAAGAGAAAGCAUUCGUUCUCGUCAGCAGCUUCUCCUUUGCAAUCUUCGCCUCUAAAGAAAGUUCGUUUACGCUCCCCGGUGAGCAAUGACAUAGAGCAGAAAGCAUGCAUUCGGGAUAUCGAUGUAUUGGCGCGCGGUAGACAUGCGGAACCAAUACCUGUAUCUCCUCCAAAAUCACGACCGGCGUCACCUAUCACUCGGUCGAAGGCUCUCCAAACUUCCGGAUCUUUGUUUAUGCGAACUGUGCAAGGCCCUCGCGCCAAUAGACUAACUGUCCGCUCUACAGCUGGAGCCAACUGGCAAGAUCUCACGUCGAACUUCCACUCACAACCGGAGGAUCGACACUCGUGCGCAAGCUAUGCGACGAACGGACAUUUAGCACUUCCAUUUUGCAAUACACCAUGUAACACAAAUUCAUUAGUGGCGGUGGGCGAUGAGGAGGGAGGAAUUCGAUUACUCGACUCCUCGAAAGAGGACGAGCGAGGCUUUUCAAGCGCCUAUCUUGAAUUCCGCCCACACUUGAAUUCGAUUAUGGAUCUGGAAUUCUCUUCGGAUGACUUGCUUCUCGCCACUGCCUCUGGCGAUCAGACAUCUCUCAUCAUCGAUAUGACGACUCAGCGCCCAAUCCAUUGUUUGUCGAAUCAUGUUUCAUCAGUGAAGCGCAUUCAAUUUCAGCCCAAUGCCAACAACAAAGUGCUCGCAACAUGUAGCCGCGAUGGCAAUGUCAACAUUUGGGACCUUCGCUGCAAAGGCAUCGAGCGCCCUGCAUCGCAAAUUUUGUGUUCUCUGGAACCAGAUACUGAAAUUCCAACGGCCUCGACUGCAGCACCUCCCAAGAUGACAUACCCGCACGUCCUGAACACCAUUCAUGGGGCCCAUGUCUAUAGCGGGCAUCAAAACCCUUCCAUGGACAAAGUCGACUCCCCGUCCUUUGGGCGUUCCGACAUUACCGUCACAUCUCUAGCCUUUCUUCCUUCUGGCCAAGAAAACAUGUUUGUCACCGCAUCUGAGGCCAGUGCAUCCGUUCGGUUAUGGGAUUUGCGAACGGCCCACAAUAACCGGCGCGGCCGUCCCGUUCUUCCACUAUCUACCACUCGGGAGCCAGAUAGCCAUGUCAAAUAUCGACGAUUUGGCCUUACUUCUAUGGCAUUCGGCAGCGAUGGCUCAAGACUCUACAGUCUAUGCCGAGACGGUACGGUCUAUGCUUACUCCACCGCUCACCUCGUGCUGGGGCAUGCGCCGGAGCUUUCUCUCAAUAACUCGCGUCCCCGACGCUCCGGCGGAUCUGACAAGGAGGGCCUAGGUCCCCUAUAUGGCUUCCGCCACCCUCGUCUGAAAGUAUCGUCAUUUUACGUGAAGCUUGCAAUGCGCAAGGCCAGCGCUGAUCGUGCUGAGAUGCUCGCGGUAGGCAGCAGUGACCACAGCCCUAUCGUUUUUCCUACUGAUGAAAGAUUCCUUCAAUCUACCGUGAAAGCAUUCUCUGAAGACGAACUCCCUAGCCGCACAUCACUUUUCACUACUCGCUCUGGUCUGCGCCGUACCAACUCUAUCACCGGUCUAUCAGGUCGUCUAGAAGACACGAUUCCCAUCUAUCAAUCUGGAACACCUCUGAUCGAAGGUCAUAACAAGGAAGUCACAGAUGUCUCGUGGACAGUCGAUGGGGAUCUCAUCUCUGUUAGCGAUGAUUACAGUGCCCGAUGCUGGCGUGAAGGACCUGAAGCCCGUGAGCUCCGUACUUGUGGUGGAGUCGACGGUCGACGUUGGCAAUGUGGCUGGGCGGCGACCAAAGAUUCGUACGAUGACGAGGAAGAGUAA